AUGCAUACAAGUUCACUAAAUAGACAACAAUCUGGUGGUACAGUCUUACACUCAUUACAUAGUCAACUAUCGAAUGCAGCUAUUGAUUAUUCACCAUGGAUGAGACAACAAAGAAGACCGUUGAAGUCAGCUACAACAACAACAACAACAACUGCUGCAGGGCUUCCUCCUUUACACGACGAAAGAAAAUGUUCAGCUCGAUGUCGACAUUUACGGAAAGAACCUUCACCCGAGAGGUUUGCAUCCGAAAAUCCAGCUAAAAUUCAAUGGUUAACAGUACAAUUAAAUAUGUAUCGAACACGUAUACAAUCAUUUAUUCAACGUGAACAUGAAUUAAAAAAAGAGAAUACGAAACUACGUGAUACUAUUUCUAAUGUAGAACAUUCAGGUCAUGAUACCGUUGCAGUUAAUUUACGUCGUUUUGAUCAAUAUAAAAAGACAGCAGCACUUGUUCAAACAAAACAAAAUGAAGAGAAAGAAGAAUUACUUGAUAAUAUUGAUCAAAAACGACAAGCCCUAGCUAACGAAGUUGAAAUGUAUGAAAAUCAGGUUUUAACUCUUGAAAAUCAAAUAGGUGAUUGUCAACAAUUUCUUAAACAAUUAAAAACAUACAAAGAUAGUGAAUAUCCUGAAAAAGAACAAGCACUUCAGAAAUUAAAUCAAGAAAUCGAUGAAACAAAACUUUUUGGUUCAGAAGAGAUUGAUGAAUUAAAUCGUAUACUUGAAAAGCAACACGAACAACAUUUAGAAGCUCUUCGUCAAACUGCAGCACAAUUAAAAGAACAACAAGCAACGGCAGCUUUUUCCGAUAUGCAUAUGUCUUACUUACUUGUUGCACUUGACAAUGAUCGAAUGAGAGAAGAAAUAGCUAUACAAGCAGAAAAACUUCGUCUAUUAGAAAUAGAAUGUAAACACAUAAAAAGAUUAAAUGCAAAAUUAAAAAGCGAAAAAACUCAAGCAUUUGAUUCACGCACUUUAUUUCCACAUGUCUAUCGACAGGAUUCAAUGCCAAUUUGUACACCAGAUAUGGAUGUUGUAAUUGAUUUUCCGGAACGACAAAGCCCAUUGCCUAUUUAA